AUGGCAGCCAUGUGGAGCGGUGCUGCGUGGGUUGCAAUGCUAUGCCGAGCGGUGCUCGCCCAUCCAUCGAGCAUGACCUGCAACUACAACUGCAUGGCUCAAUACACGCCCGGCAGCACAUUUGGAUUGAUGUACGGCGUGCCCACCAUAGGUGCCACCAGCGGUGACACCUGCAAAAUCACCACGGACAUUCCGCAGGACGGCUAUGCCCCAGAUGUAUCCUACACUGUGACCGUGACCUCUUUAGUACCGUUGGCGCAGAAAGUGACCGCCAGUUCCGGACUGUUUAGCGGGAGCACGUCCUCCAAUGCUGGUACAAAGGAGACCAGCCACAGCCACACAUGGACGGCUCCCUCUUCCCUCUCUGGCAGCGUUUCUUUCCGUGCCCUUUGUGGCGAUUCUCAGGAAAUGUGGUAUGCAACGGAAGUGAGCGCGAACAUUGGAAGCGGACCUUUCACCACGGCCACCACUUCAACUACCGAAAGCAGCACAGCCGCAGCGUCUGCAGAUGUUCUGCCCUUAGGUGUAGAGAUCGGACCUUCCGUGCACUUGUUUGCAGAGCUCCAAGGCAGUUCAGUGGACGUCCAGGUCACGGGUAGCACGGCCGGUUGGCUGGGCAUCGGCUUCUCGGAGGGCGCGACGGUCUCGAUGACGGGUGGCACCGGUGGUGGAUGCGAUGCCUUCAUCUGCAGUGAUGGAGAGGUGAAGCGCUAUUGGAUGACUUCGUACUCUGAACCAUCUGGCGGAGUGUCGGUUCCCGGUGCCUCGUGUUCGGUGCUCUCCGGACAGACAGUGAUGCGCUUCCAACGGGCCGUGGCCGCGCAUACGGCCACGGAGAUCCCAGUGACGGCCGGAACGGAUCAGAUGGUCAUUUGGGCCUUCGGAAGCUCCGCAGCGUUGUCGUACCACCAGUCGAAUCGAGGAGGGUCCAUGGUGGAUUUUGCCACACUGGAAGCGACAGGGGUGAGCAAAGAAGUGAGUGCAGUUCUGUAUCUUCACCUCAUCUUCAUGGCCAUCAGCUGGGGCACCCUGCUGCCUUGGGGCGUGGCGAUUGCGAAUCGCACGCGCAGCGUGUCCAAUGGCAGGCCCGGUGCCUGGUUUCAAUGGCACAAGAAACUUCAAAUGCUUGGAUGGCUGGUGCAGCUGGUUGGCUUUGCUAUGGCUGUUUGGCAUGUGCAGGAGAAUGGUGCGCACUUCUCGGGUCUUCACCAGAUCAUUGGCUUAGUGGUGGUGAUCCUGGGCACUUCCCAGCCCUUCAAUGCGCUGCUGCGCAAGAGCUGCGCGCAUCCGCAUCCGGGCGAAAAGAAGACGACAGGUCGAGUCGUUUGGGAAAUUCUGCACAGAGGUGUGGGAUAUGUUGCUACGGUCCUGGGGGUUGU